ACUAUUACUAUUACUGCAAUGGGUUGUUACUGGUUUUUGGUGCCUUGACCGGGAAGAGACAAUUGCUGGAAGAGACGUGCUGUCCAACCGGGAUUUGGGCCACAGCCAUGGCAGGGUUUGCCCCCCAGGACUCCUGGCGCCAGCGUGUCUGCUCUGCCCGGCAGGUGACCCUCGUCCUGAUGGGGCUGCUGGCCGUGGUGACCCUCUCCAUCACUGUCUUCGGCUUUGUGGGGCGCAAAUACUCCACCACCUUGUGGAAGAUGCAGGAAGAUCUGAAGGCCAUCAACCGCACAAUUGCCGCCGAAUUAGCUGCUCUGCAACAAAAUGAGACCAACAACGAGAAAACUUUGGAAAAGAUCAACCAGUUGGAGAUACAGGUCACCAAAGAAAAAAGGAAAGUGAUGCCCCAGUUCCAGGACCGGAUCAAGAAACUUCAAAGGACUCUGCAGCGGCUGACUUACGAGGUGGAGAACACAGAACAGAAGUGGACAGGUCCAGAGACUGGCUGUUGCCCCCAGGGCUGGCAUCUCUUUCAGCAGAGCUGCUACUGGCUCUCCUCUGUGCGGAAGAGUUGGCCCGAAGCCAAGCAGGAUUGCGAAGGGAAAGAAGCCCACCUGUUGAUCAUCACCAGCUACGAAGAGAGGCAAUUUGUGUUCCAGCUCACCAAACGGUACAGCGUUUGGAUCGGGCUGAAGAACAAUGGCCGGACGUGGAAGUGGGUGGAUGGAACCCCCUACACGGUGCGCUGGAGCGACUGGCUACCCAACCAUCCAGCGUAUUCUGACAACUUCUGCACCGAAACCUACUAUGACGGGCUGUGGGCCCAUGUCUUCUGCCACUUAAACUCAUGGUGGUUGUGCGAGAUGCAGGCGCUGCAGUGCGUCCCAGGGGAGACGCUGCCAGCCGGACCCCCAUGAAGCAGCUGUCCGACGCCUCUUGGAGCCAAUAAAACGAACCUGGGACAA